AUGGAUUCACUUGAUGCCCAAAGGAAAUACCUAGUGACAUGCUCGGAGUCCCUUAUAUUAAGCCAUGGGCGGGGACCAGGUUUGGACCUAGUGGAGAAAGAGACUGACCUUCAACAGGUUGUUAUGGUCAAUCUGAGCUGCUUACUGCUGAAAAACCUGGAUAAUGUGGGAAGCUGCAGGUCACUAAGAGUAUGCAUCUUGGCAGACAAUUUUAUAUCCACGAUAGAUGCUCUCAUCGCAUGUGUGCAUAUAGUGAAGUUGGAUCUUAAAGGAAAUCAGAUAACCCAACUCCCCGGCGUAGUGUUCUGGGACAGCUUGAGACGACUCCAGCUGCUCCAUCUCCAUGACAACAACAUUGGGACUAGAAAGAACAUUGAGGGGUUGUCAGGCUGUCCUAACCUCACAGCAUUGACCCUCUACGACACACCGCUCAGCCUAAAGGGAAACUACAGACACUGCAUCAUCAACAGCAUCUGGUCACUGAAGGCUCUGGAUAACUUUGUGGUCUCUGACGAGGAGAUCAUUGAAAACUGGAUCCUCCCUAUGCAUUUCAAAACCCUCUGUCAUAAUUUUUACUUGAACCUCUAUCCAGCAGCUAAGAUGGGGCCUUAUCAGAGUGAAAUGAGAGCAAUCCAUAAGAUUAUAUCAGAGGUCAAUAGGAUCCAGUCCGUUUAUUCUCCAACGUUGAUCAUCCAACGAUGGAUCAGGGGACAUCUGACCAGAAAAAGGCUUGGACUUGUCCCUGCUGUGCCGAGCCGGGAGAGGUUCAGCAUCAGAGUCCAUCUGUCCCCCAUCCCCUCUGUGGAGACAGACAGUCAACAGACCCAGGGAGAGACAUGGGUCAAAGAGUGCACAGCUAAACAGCACCUGCAGGUUAUACAAGAGGUGGUGACAAGCCAGGCGUCUUUAGAGGCCAAGAAACAGAAAGACAUCAGUCCUCCGCAUAACACCCUUCAGAACAGUAAGACCAUGUGGUCCAACAGAGCCAAGCACAGUGAGGCGGAAAGAGACUUCACUGCUGCAGAGGAGUUCUAUGAAGAGAAGCUUGGGAAAAUGUGUUUCCGCCUCAUCGGCAUCAAGGCUCUGGUCCACCAGGUCGAGCCUGUCAGCAACAUGCUCAUCUCCCGGCAACAGGGGGGACGGGACAUCCGCAGCGCCAUCCGCCUGUUCCACACACAGCGUCCCGAGCCACCCAAGCGGCCCCAACCUCGACCACCCCUGAUCAACGCCGAGAAGCGUCUGAUGGGUCGCUGCCUUGGCUCCAUCAGCCUAGCCCCCUUCCAGGUGAUCCAGCGGGCCUACCGGAUGAGGGAGCAGGCCGAGGCCCUGCAGAGGAGGGCCAAGCAGGUGGCCCAUUCCCAGGCUCGGAGGGAGGGCGCCCAGGGCCAGCGCCACGGCCUCCUGGAGGCCCGUAGGGAGGUAGUGCUCCAGGUGAGAGAGAAGGAGCAGGAGGAGGUGGAGGGGGCCCUGGCCCUGCUGAGAGCUAGCCGGGACAGGGAGGUGCAGGAGGUCAGGCAGAGACACGCUGUGUUCCUGGAGGAGAAGAGGAGGCGUGCAUCGGAACGGGCCAUGGUUGUCGCCUUCAGCAGGCAGCAUGCCUUCCUGUCCAAGACGGUCAACAGGCAUGCUGUGCGGCAGAGGCAGAGUCACACCCAGCAGGAGAGGAGUGUCAUGGUUGCCAGCAGCAGGCAGCAGUCCCGGAUUCAGAGGGAACUCAUAAUGGGAUGCAAAGAGGACAGGCAACAGUCUCUAAAGGAGGAGGCCAUUACAUCCAGAGUGAACAGAGACACUUAUCUGGCCACAAAGCACACCAACCGACUCCUCCGAGCCCAGGAGAGAGUGGCCAGUGUGAAGGCCAGCCAUGCCAAGGUGGAGGUCCUGCAUCCUGUACCGGUCAACCAGACUGCCUGAUCACCACCUCUGGUCCCCUUGUAUCCCUCCACCAUGCUUCACAAAUGUUUAAUGCUAUGAACUGUUUUUGGGGGGGCUAUUUGUUUAUCUUUAAUUCUGUUUAUGAAACCACAAGGAGUAAGGAAUGUGAGGAUUCUGGGAAGAUGAACAAGAGAGGUCAAACCAAGGUCUAUAGUGUUUAUUGUUUGAGUAAAAUCACAGAAAUUCAUUCACUUCAUGAUGUCUACUCAUGUUGAAAUACUUGGCCAUUGUCCACAUCUGUUUCUUUUUUUUCUUUUUUAAAGCUAACCAU